UGUUGUCCACGUGCUUGUCAUCUCUAUCUACAUGGAUACGCUUGUCUUCCAUCUUGCUCCAAGAAUGGCGAAGCAUUGCAAGAUUUCUAUUGCCAUGGUAGCUGAUGAAUCUGUGCAUAGGUCAUAUGUGCGAUCAUACGUGCUCAAGGUAGAUGGAUACUCAAGAGCCAAGGCGCUACUCAAGAAUGGCGAGUACCUGACCUCUACAACUUUCAGCGUUGGAGGCCACGACUGGGCCAUGACCUAUUACCCAAACGGUAGCGCGGUUUGUCCUGAUUACAUAUCAAUUUUUCUACAUCUUCGAUCCGCCUGUGCCGAAGAUGUGAAGGCGAAUUUCACGUUGAGUCUACUUGACGAGAACCGAGAACCAGUGCUUUCAUACACCCGCAACCAAGGUACACAUACAUUCUCAAGGAAAGCUCCAAAUUGGGGCUACCAUAACCUAAUGAAGAAAGCUAAGCUGGAAAAAUCGGAGCAUCUCAGAGAUGAUUGUCUAACCAUCAGAUGCGAUGUCACCGUCAUGAAGGAGAUCCUCCACGAAGAAGAAACAAGGGCUUCUCCAGAUGACUUGCACCGACAUCUCGGUGAUCUCCUCGAGAGCAAAGAUGCGGCAGACCUAACAUUUCAAGUUGGCGGUGAGAUAUUCCCCGCUCAUAGGUGUGUCAUGGUUGCUCGAUCAUCUGUCUUCAAGGCGGAGCUCCUCGGCGCCAUGGAGGAGAGUUCUAGUAGUACUAUCAAAAUAUAUGACAUGGAACCUGACGUGUUCAAGGCCUUGCUCCAUUUCAUAUACACAGACAAAGUUUCUCCUGUGGUUGAUGUGGUGAUGGCCAGUCAUCUACUUGUAGCUGCUGAUAGGUACAACAUUGACAGGCUGAAGCAGAUUUGCGAGGAGAAAUUGUGUUGUCAUGUUGAUUCAAACAUGGUAGCAACCAGUUUGGCUAUAGCUGAGCAGCAUGGUUUUCAUCGUCUCAAAGAAGCUUGUUUGAGGUUUCUUGCUUCGCCUUCCAAUUUGGAGGCGAUGAUGGCAAGCGAAGGUUAUGAGCAUCUCAAGUCCAGCUGCCCGUCUGUUCUCAAGGAGCUCGUAGCUAGAAUACUCCCGGCUGAAUGGAACGCAGCAAAGGAUAUUAUCAUGUCAAUUUAGUGCUAUUCCGUUUGGUACUGUUACUAUCAUGUAUAUUGUCAUCCAAAAUUUCACUACUUAUAUAAUGAUUAUGCUACCUCUCCAUAUAUGCAUGGUUGCAUCA